AUGGACACUGACAUGGACUACGAAAGACCCAACGUUGAAACUAUCAAGUGUGUGGUGGUUGGAGAUAAUGCAGUGGGCAAGACUCGUCUAAUUUGUGCAAGAGCGUGCAAUACAACCUUGACUCAGUAUCAGCUGCUGGCAACUCACGUACCAACUGUUUGGGCCAUUGAUCAGUACCGUGUCUGCCAAGAGGUCCUUGAACGCUCAAGAGAUGUUGUGGAUGAAGUGAGUGUUUCUCUCAGGCUGUGGGAUACGUUUGGGGACCACCACAAAGACAGGCGCUUUGCUUACGGAAGGUCUGAUGUAGUGGUUCUGUGCUUUUCUAUUGCUAAUCCUAAUUCCCUGAAUCACGUGAAGACGAUGUGGUAUCAAGAAAUCAAGCACUUCUGUCCUCGCACACCUGUCAUUCUGGUGGGCUGCCAGCUAGAUCUCCGUUAUGCAGAUCUUGAGGCUGUUAACAGAGGCAGACGGCCUUUGGCAAGGCCAAUAAAAAGAGGAGACAUUUUACCACCAGAAAGAGGCCGAGAGGUUGCCAAGGAACUUGGGAUACCAUACUAUGAAACCAGUGUAUUUGACCAGUUUGGGAUUAAAGAUGUGUUUGACAAUGCAAUUCGAGCUGCCCUGAUCUCCAGAAGACACCUGCAGUUCUGGAAAUCUCAUUUGAAGAAGGUCCAAAAACCUUUGCUUCAGGCUCCAUUCCUACCUCCAAAAGCCCCUCCUCCGGUUAUCAAAAUUCCUGAGUGUCCUGUGCCGAGCAUGAAUGAAGCUGGAUAUUUAUUGGACAGCCCACUGUGUGCAGAUGUUCUGUUUGUUCUCCAAGAGCAGGACUGCAUUUUUGCUCACAAGAUUUACCUAGCUACCUCCUCUUCAAAGUUUUAUGACCUUUUCUUAAUGGAAUGUGAGGAAAGUCCAGACUUGGAUGAAACACAGCGUAAUAAAGAAAAUGCAAAUAAGGAUGUUCUGGCAAGUCACCUUGAGACAAAUGGUGACAGCGACGAGAUGUCCUUGAAAUCUGCUGAUGUUAAAAUCUCCCCACUAGAAAGUACUGACUCUUCAAACUUGCAAGAACCUGAACUCAGUGAAACAAAUUGUGCAACAAGAUCUCUGUCAUCCUGGGGUAAGGGGUUUGUUAGUGUGCAUAAGGAAAUGCAAGUGAAUCCUGUCUCGAAUAGGACGUGUCCUGUAACUGUGGUAAAAAUGGAUUCGUCUGUGCAGGCCGGACCUUUUAAAACUGUUCUGCAGUUUUUAUACACAGGGCAACUGGAUGAAAAUGAAAAAGAUCUCACAAGACUAGCUCAGAUUGCUGAAAUCUUGGAAGUAUUUGAUUUGCGAAUGAUGGUGGAGAAUAUUAUGAAUAAAGAAGCCUUCAUGAAUCAAGAGAUUACUAAAGCAUUUCAUGUCAGAAAAGCUAAUCGGAUAAAAGAGUGCCUUUGCAAAGGAACAUUUUCUGAUGUGACAUUUAAAUUGGAUGAUGGAACCAUAAAUGCCCACAAGCCACUCCUGAUCUGUAGCUGUGAAUGGAUGUCUGCUAUGUUUGGAGGAUCAUUUAUUGAAAGCUCCAACAGUGAGGUAGUUCUUCCCAACAUAAACAAGACCUCCAUGCAAGCGGUUUUAGAUUAUUUGUAUACCAAGCAACUGUCCUCCAGUCAGGAACUGGACACACUUGAGUUAAUCGCAUUGGCAAAUAGGUUUUGCCUCCCUCACCUGGUCGCACUAGCAGGUAAGAAU